AUGCUCAACGUCAAGUCUCUUGCGGUCCUUGUGGCACUUGGCGUCCUGUCAGUUACGGCCUCCCAGUCGAACGGGGGUCAAGAGCGGAUCAGUGUUUAUGCCUGCAAGGACCCCUGGUGGGGUGGUCAAUGCCGGACCUUUUAUGGCGGCCGCAACGAGUGCGUAAACUUCUCUGGCAGCUGGAACGAUGUCAUCAGUUCGAUACGCCACUCUGGAAAAGGAUGGCAUUGCCAGUGGUGGGAACACGCCAACUGCCAGGGGCUGGUGUACCAGAACCAAGACGACGCCAACCUUAGCGAUGGGAAUGGAAGGUUCGAUAACCGUAUCAGCUCGUUCCGUUGCGGGUAA